AUGGAGUUACAGGGGCCAGAUAACAAACGUGUUCGAGCCGUUUGUUUUGCAAAAGACAAGCGCACAACUUUGCUUGAAAAGCAAAACACUAUGUCAUCCGUUAAGAUAUCGAAUUACAUUGUGGGUCCCAGUUGGGCUGGAGAAGGCGAAGAAAUACGAAUAAAUGAUAUGAGCAUCAUUCAAGCACCAUCUGCCAGCGAAUAUAAUUUCCAAUACAUACCAAACGUCAACGCCUCUGGUGAAUCAGAAAUAACCGCGGUGUCAGUUGUACAAUCAGAAAUUGAAACUGGUACGAUUGUAAACGUAAAAGGUAAAAUAAAAAAAGGUCAAAAUGUCAAAGUCGUGGGAAAAAAUAAUUUAAAGAUGCUAAAGUGCGCCAUAUGCGAUCUCAGUGGUGUUUUGCAGAUUACUUUUUGGGAAGAUGAAAUCCAACAGAUCAAAGACGGUGUUGUUUACACGAUUACAAACGUAAGUGUUAGAAAUCGAGACCACACUAAAUCGGUGACGACAACCCGUAAUUCUGCUUUCAUCGAAGUGAAUGACGUCGACUUGAAUGAAAUCGACGAGAAUGCUGCCUCGAAAUUGUUAGAUGAACCUGCCGAGGAUACCACCUUAGAAGUGAAAAAGAUAAGGUCAGUUGAACUUGAUAAACACAAAAGUUGUGUACACUGUUCGGCUAAAUUUCCACCGGGUAUUGAAACAAAUGUUGUGAAGUGCUUGAGGUGUGGCCAUCGAAUGCUGUUUGAUGCUUGUCAACAAGUUGUCGCAUACCGUAUCACCGUUUCUUCCAGGGAAACGAUUGCUACACUCACUUGUUUCUCUGAAGUGUUAGAAAAUUUCUUUGAGAUACCUGAUGGUAGUGCAUUAACGGCUGCUUGUUUUAAGUGA